UAUGGCGCGCAUGUCUUGGCGCGGUUUUGGACGCUGCCUGCACGCCGUGCACAUUAGGCAUAUUUAUAUAUGUAUUUAGCAUGGAUGUCACACCUGAUGUGAGUCUACUGUUCUCAUCGUUGAUGGGAUCGACGACUGCAGCUGCCGCAGCCACGAAAGACGACGAGCCAGCGACAUCAACGCGAAAUGGCGUGGUACCCCCAAAAACAGUGAACCAGGUCCAAAAGAGCACCAACCGAAGCCCAGCUUGCGAAUGGACAUCUGGCGAGACAAAGUUGAUGCUGGACUACUAUGAACAGUAUUUCCCGCAAGUUGGACCCAUGAAAAAAUUUAAGAAUAAAAAACAUAUGUUUGCACGAAUUGCAGCCAACAUCUGUGAGGCACUUGGAGUCCAACGAACAGGAGACCAAUGUUGCAGACGCUAUAAGACCAUAAUUAAACGCAAGAGAACUGCACUUGUACACAAUAGUACUUCGGGGAACUCCCCAUCAGAGGUUCCUUACGAGGACGAGUUGUCAAAGAUCCGAUGGGCCGACGACAGCAUUGAACCCGAACAGUUAAGAGACAGCUAUGGAAUAGUGUCUCAAAAAACCUGUCCCGGGGCUGCAUCACCUCAAGCAUCACCCGUGCCCGACGAAGUGGCGUCUACGGAGGGGGGACGCACCACUCCAAAUGACAGUGGGGUUUCCUCAGAUGCAUCAUCAACUUCUCAGUAAGGUGCA